AUGCUGAACUUCUUCCCUUUUCUCCCUCCAACCUUCUCCACUCCCUACAAGCGGUUUUCCGGCGACUUUUUUUUGUUGUUUUUUUCUCCUCUUUUUUAGUCCAGUUUUCCGGUCAUGAUGUCAUCAGAAACUAUGCUCGUAAGCCCAUUUCCGUCUUUCGAGGGUGGCUUCACGCCCUGGGACAGCCAGGAACUUUUUUCCAUCUUCCAAUCACAAGAGCCGGUUCUUUCGAAUUCCGGGUCCGAUGAGUCGAACAGGAAGCCUGUCAAUUCGAAUUCCGGUUCGGAUGGCCCGAACCGGAAACCCUUGCAUUCAAACUCCGGUUCAGAUGGGCCGAACCGGGAGGAUUCAGCUGCGGAGGAGCGUAAGCGGAGGCGGAUGAUAUCGAACCGGGAAUCGGCGCGGCGGUCUCGGAUGCGUAAACAAAAGCACAUAGAAAACCUGAGGAACCAGUUGAACCAGCUUAGGAUCCAAAACCGGGAACUCACCAACCGGUUACGCUCCUUUACUUAUCAUUCCCACCUGGUAGACAGUGAUAACGUGCAGCUCCGCUCGGAGGCUAUUAUCCUCCGGCGGAAGCUGUCGGAAUUCCGGCAAAUAUUAGUUUUCCGGCAACUGCAGCGGCAGAUCUCCUCUGCAUGGCCAUGCAAUAGUGUCACCACCUCCGUCAACGAACAAACCCCAUCAUUAAUCACGUAAUCUUAACCAUAAUAACGGCCCUUAUUAAUUUCUAAAACAGGAAUAUAGAUGGAGGAACACCUCUCUCUUUAUAUUAUAUAUAUCUAUAUAUAUAUAUAUAUAUAUAUAUCCCCCUAUCUGUAAGUAAGCAGAAAAAAAAAUUUGCUGUUAGAAGCAAAGAAACUAGUGGGAUUUUUGGAAAAUGGAGGUUUUGGUAAUUAAAAAUGGAGCUAUUAUUCUGUAAAGAUUUGGUUAGUGUUUGUUUUAUUUAAGGCAUUUUGGUGUUUUGUUCU